ACUCGUACAGAAAUGGUAUAUAAUAAAUGAGAUAGAUGGUUCUGCCCACGGCGUGCAUGCACGUUAACAGGCCAUAAUCUCUCCAUAGGCGCGUUCUGCGUUGCAUCCCACCACCACCAAUUGCGUCUCUGGUCAAUCCUCGGAAGUUUUUCCAGCCUCUCUCUCCUCAUCACCAACUUCUCUCUCUCUCUCUCUCUCUCUCUCUAUUUUCGUUCCGUGCACAAACACGCAUCAUUUCUCUUCCUCUGAUUCUCUUGCCUAUUUAUCAGUGUGGUUAUUGCGGCAGAGUUUCUUUUCCGAUCAUUUUGAAGAUUCAAUGUAUAUAUCCAUGGAAGUCGCAUCUUCAUAAGUUAUAUAUCAGGGAGAGACCGUAGGGAUUUGAUGCGCUUGUAGAAGGUUCAAGAUGUUCUGUUGCGGUGGUGGAGAAGAAGACUUUCAAGGCCCACAGAUGAACCAAUAUUCCGCUCCACCAAGCGGCAGAUCUUAUGGAAGUGAGAGAGAAUCAAAGGGCCCUGCUGCAGCUAAGAGCAGUGCACCAGCAAAGGUUUUACCAAUUGAGACCCCUGCCUUGCCAUUGGAAGAGUUGAAGAGAAUCACAGGGAAUUUCGGAGAUAAGGCUUUGAUUGGUGAGGGAUCAUAUGGCCGCGUUUUUGGGGGAACUCUCAAAGAUGGUCAGGCUGCCGCAAUAAAGAAGCUUGACCCCAGCACCUCCCAAGAGCCUGAUUCUGACUUUGCAGCGCAGUUGUCUGUUGUCUCAAGACUCAAGCAUGAGAACUUUGUUCAGUUGGUGGGAUACUGUUUGGAGGCAGAUAACAGGAUUUUGGUUUAUCAGUUUGCAACAAUGGGAUCUCUACAUGAUGUCUUGCACGGCAGGAAAGGUGUGCAGGGAGCUGAGCCAGGCCCUGUUCUUGACUGGAGUCAAAGAGUGAACAUCGCCUAUGGUGCAGCUAGAGGCCUUGAGUAUCUUCAUGAGAAGGUUCAGCCACCCAUUGUCCACCGUGAUGUCAGAUCUAGCAACGUUCUGCUGUUUGACAAUUUCAAUGCAAAGAUUGCUGAUUUUAAUUUGACGAACCAAUCUCCAGAUACUGCAGCUCGCCUUCAUUCCACUCGUGUCUUGGGAACAUUUGGUUAUCAUGCUCCGGAGUAUGCAAUGACUGGUCAGAUUACACAGAAGAGUGAUGUCUACAGUUUUGGAGUCGUUCUUCUGGAGCUCUUGACUGGCAGGAAGCCAGUGGAUCACACAAUGCCUAAAGGGCAACAAAGUCUUGUUACAUGGGCUACUCCACGAUUGAGCGAAGAUAAAGUAAAGCAAUGUGUAGAUCCCAAGCUAAAUAACAAUUACCCUCCCAAGGCUGUCGCGAAGAUGGCUGCUGUUGCUGCACUGUGUGUCCAGUAUGAAGCUGAUUUUCGCCCCAACAUGACAAUUGUCGUCAAGGCACUACAACCACUUCUCAGCUCAAGACCUGCAGGACCUGAAUGAUUACAUGUAAUAAAUUUUAAUGGACUGCGCCCCAAUAUUUUAUGAUAAUGAUGAUACAUUCAACUUUAGUAUUCCUAGCUUUUCAUUAGCAGUUCAUAUCUCAGUUGCAAUCCAGGUGUUUCUUUUUUUUUGGGAGUUCCAUGCAUUAUAUCUGAGUCUGUGCAAGUAGAUGGAAAUGGCGGCUUCACUUGUCACUGUGCCAUGGAUGUCAUUAUUUACUAGCAGUGCAGGCUAGCCUCAACAUCGUGCCACCACGGAAGUCCUGUCUUUUGGCCAACCAAGUGGGUGGAAGCCAGUGAACUAAUUGAUCUGUA